AUGUUCCCCAUAACCUUUUCAAUCAUAAACGACAAAAUGCGGUGGUCCCGAAUGACCUUCCUGGAAAUUGGACCUUCCAAGGAUGUUUCACGUUCAGACAAUCCUGGCGCUCGCACGCUUACGUCUGCGAGUUUCGUCAGCACUAACAACAUGACGGUGGAGGCCUGUGUCAGUUUCUGCGACACGCAAUCCUUCAUCUAUGCAGGUGUCGAGUUUGCUCAGGAAUGCUACUGCGGGGACAUUCUUUCGAAUGGCGGAACUAAUGCGACACUUUCCGACUGUAAUGCCCCAUGUACUGGUAACGCCACGGAAACGUGCGGCGCUGGGGGCCGUCUUGAUCUUUUCUGGAGUGGCGCCCAGCCCCCUCCUCCACCUACAAGCCCUGAAAAUGUCGGACUUUGGCACUCCCUCGGCUGCUGGAAUGAUUCUACAGCAGCGAGAGUUUUGAGCGUUGGUGUCAACGUGGCAGGAUCAGUGAGCGUGGAAACCUGCACAGCCGCUUGCUUCCAAUCAGGAUAUCCUCUUUCUGGGAUGGAAUUCGCCGACCAGUGUUUCUGCGGAACUUCGCUCAUCAAUAAUGCCGUCUUAGAGCCAUUGACCGACUGCAGUAUGGCAUGUGCUGGAAACAGCUCUGAACUCUGUGGUGGCCCUAAUAGGCUCAAUAUCUAUAAUUACACUGGCACCGAUCUUCCCCCCAUCACAAACCCUGGAGGUGGAGGUGGAGGUGGAGGUGGAAAUAAUGGGGCACCCGUAUUCCCUGUGACAUCUGGUCUUCCCGCACCGUGGACCUACUCAUCCUGUUACGUUGACGCUGCUAAUGGCAGAAUCUUUGCCAACGAGCUCAAUGAUAAUUCCAAUCUUACCGUCGAGUCUUGUAUCGCUUCUUGUGCAGCCGACAACUUCACGUUGGCUGGGGUAGAGUUCAGUGUCCAGUGCUUCUGUGGAGAUAGUCUCAUCAAUGGUGCAGUCACAGCGCCAGACGCUGACUGUAACAUGGGCUGUGGCGGAAAUGCAACCGAAGCUUGCGGAGGUCCAGAUCGCCUUUCUGUUUACACUGCGACAGGAAAUGUUACUACGUUUCCUGUCCCUAUCCCUCAAAACACGAGCCUGCCUGGCCAGUGGCAAUACCAGGGCUGUUUCCCCGAUGCGCAACCUACUCGGAUCUUCACAUACCAGAUUUUCAACACAAAUAACAACAGCGCCGAUGCCUGUCUUAAUCAGUGUGCAGCGUUUGGAUAUCCUGCCGCUGGAAUGGAAUUCGGUGACGAAUGCUGGUGUGGUGAUAUCGAGGACGUCACAAACAGUGGAUUGACGUUUGCUCCAGAAUCUGACUGUCCUAUUGCGUGUACCGGGGACCCCAUCCAUCUUUGCGGAGGAGCUCUAAAGCUUCAAUUAUACUUCUGGAAUGGGCCCUUGAAUGUAUGGCACCAGCCCGAGAACACUGGCCGUUACGAGUUCCUCAUCGGUGGCGUUGUUGUACCCCUGCUAGCCACCGUCGGCAUCAACAACAAAGUCAGCUUCCUCGAAAAGUCCGGUACAAGUGAAUUUGCAAAUUCGACGGGGGCAUACGAGCUCGAUCUCACUCUGGUGGAUGAUUUCUCCCUCGCAUGGCGGGAGAUGCACGUCAAGACAGACGUUUUCUGCUCCGGAUCCUUGGUCCUUCCUGACAAAGCUGGUCGCAUCAUCAAUGUCGGUGGAUGGUCGCAUCCUUCCACGACCGGCAUUCGGUUCUAUAGUCCAGAUGGGAGUGCAGGCGUAAACGGCACGAACGAUUGGGAGGAAAAUUCCGAUAUCUUGGCACUUCAGGCCGAUCGCUGGUACCCUGGUGCGCUCGUGAUGUCUAAUGGAACUAUUCUGGUCGUGGGAGGCGAAGGUGGUUCCAAUGGGGCUCCUACACCGAACCUGGAGAUACUACCAAAGCCACCCGGCGGCAGCACCUUAAAGUUCUUAGAUUACCUCAACAGAACAGAUCCAAACAAUCUCUAUCCAUUCCUCUCCAUGAUGCCAAGCGGUCGGAUUUUCAUAGGAUACUAUAAUGAAGCUCGCAUUCUUGAUCCAGUCACCCUGGACACUGUCCAGGAACUCCCGAAUAUGCCAGGUUCAGUGACAAGUUUCCUGGCAGGACGGACCUAUCCAAUGGAAGGGUCCGCUGUGCUAUUGCCUCAAUAUGCGCCAUACACCGAUCCAAUCACUGUGCUGAUAUGCGGAGGGUCAAAUUUUGGAAUUGCGCUGGAUAACUGUGUGUCUAUUCAACCAGAGGUUUCGAACGCAACCUGGCAGCUUGAGCGUAUGCCUUCGAAACGUGUCAUGCCUUGCAUGUCUCCUCUUCCGGAUGGUACAUUCCUGAUUGUGAAUGGUGCCCAGCAAGGCGUUGCAGGAUUUGGCUUAGCCGACGAUCCCAACCUUACUGCUCUCCUCUACGAUCCGACACAGCCUAUUGGACAACGCAUCUCCAUUCUCAACACCACCAUCGUCGCCCGCUUGUAUCACUCUGAAUCUACCCUUCUCACCGACGGGCGUGUCUUGAUCACGGGAUCCGACCCCCAGACAAAUAACCCCGAUGGAACGCCGAAGUUCCCUGAGGAGAUGCGAGUGGAGGUAUACAUUCCCCCAUACUUGACAGCAGGACGCACCCAGCCUUCAUUCAAUAUUACGGAGACCGACUGGUCAUAUGGCGGCCAGUAUCAAAUCACCACUUUACUCCACCAUGGCACAACGUCUACUAUGCGCGUUUCUCUCGUUGCAGCCACAUCAAGCACUCAUGGUAAUGCGAUGGGCGGCAGGACGAUUUUCCCCGAGUUCUCUUGCAGCGGUACAAUCUGCACUAUUACAGCUCCCCCGAAUGCUUUCGUUUCUCCUCCUGGCUGGCAUCAAUUAUUCAUUCUCGACGGUCCGACUCCAUCGUUCUCCCAUUGGGUUCGCAUCGGUGGCGACCCUGCCCAGCUCGGACUCUGGCCUAACCUUCCUGGCUUCACUCCGCCAGGCAUUUGAUCCAACUACCUCAAUCAUCAAAGCUUUACAAUUGUUCCCAACACUAGUCCCUCAUUAGGCCUCACUCUGGUUCUUUUGCUCAUUCCUUUUAGUUAUACAGCACUCGUCUUCCUUUCGCCAUUCUUUUUCGGAUGUAUUGAGUCGUUGGGCUUCUCUUUUUAUGUUUUAUUUGAUACCAUCUGUGUACGACGUACUCCUUGACCUGUUGUUGAUGUUCUCGCAAACAAGAAGCUCUGUUACCCGUC